GAUUAAAACUCAAUAUUAAAUGCCUUUUGUACUUAGAAAGAGAGAGUUUCUUCUUCUUCUAUCGAUUUCUGCUUCUGUCGUUAUCAUAGCUGUUUUUUGCCACUGUGUCGUCGCUGUCCCUAGAUUGAAACUUGAAGAAUACCCAGCAAGUAAACAUGACUGUUGUUGAUGGAGGAGAAUCACCUUCAAGGCUUGAGGGAAAAAUUAGUGCCAUGAUUGUUUGUUGGAUUCUGGGAUUUGGAUCUCUUAUCGCUUGGAAUAGUAUGCUCACAAUUGGAGAUUAUUAUUAUAAUCUCUUCCCUGACUACCAUCCUUCAAGGGUACUUACUCUGGUUUAUCAACCCUUUGCCUUUGGAACAAUGUCAAUAUUGGCAUACAACGAAUCAAAGAUCAAUACUAGACGGAGGAACAUAUUUGGAUACUCACUUUUUGUUGCAAGUACUUUCAUGCUCUUAGUGUUGGAUUUAGCUACAUCAGGGAGAGGAGGACUUGGAUCUUUCAUUGGUAUAUGUGCUAUUGUUGCAUUUCUUGGAGUUGCAGAUGCUUGUGUUCAAGGUGGAAUUGUUGGUGAUUUGUCUUUCAUGCUCCCGGACUUUAUUCAGUCCUUCUUUGCUGGUUUGGCUGCAUCUGGUGCCUUGACCUCUGCUUUAAGGCUUAUCACAAAAGCAGCCUUUGAAAAGUCUAACAAUGGUCUUCGUAAAGGGGCAAUGUUGUUUCUAGCUAUUUCUACAUUAUUUGAGUUCCUAUGUGUCCUAUUGUACACAUAUUUCUUCCCUAAAUUGCCAAUAGUGAAGUACUUCCGCUCUAAGGCAGCUUUAGAAGGAUCAAAAACUGUUCAAGCUGAUCUUGCGGCAGCUGGUAUCCAAACAAAAGACGACCAUCAUGAACAGAAUGAGAGGCUAAGCAACAAACAAUUAGUCAUUCAGAACAUAGAUUACGCGCUUGACCUAUUUCUAAUAUACGUCUUAACGCUGUCGAUUUUCCCUGGAUUCUUAUACGAAAACACUGGUGAACAUAAGUUGGGUACAUGGUAUCCACUUGUGUUGAUAGCAUCUUACAAUGUGUGGGAUCUGAUAUCAAGAUAUCUUCCCCUUGUAAAAUUCUUGAAGAUAGAGUCAAGGAAAGGCCUUACGAUUGCAAUACUCUCUCGAUUCUUACUGAUCCCUGCUUUUUACUUCACUGCCAAGUAUGGUGAUCAAGGAUGGAUGAUAUUGAUCGUAUCAUUCCUGGGAUUAACAAAUGGUCACCUCACGGUCUGUGUAAUGACUGCAGCACCUAAAGGUUACAAGGGGCCUGAACAAAAUGCCUUGGGUAAUAUACUAGUGCUAUGUCUAUUAAUUGGGAUAUUUGCAGGGGUUUCUUUGGACUGGUUAUGGCUCAUUGGUAAAAAGAAUGCCUUCUAAAAUAUUCGUCUUUGUUGAAGAUUUGCUUCAGCUACUAUAACAAAAUAAUCUAGCUAAUUUUAACAAGUUUUGAUUUGUUGUUGAUUUCUAGAGAUUUUUUAGAAUCUUUUAGUGGCUGCUAAGGGACGGUGAAAAUGAUAUUCACCUAUACAUUCAAUGCUAGCUUUGUCUUUAGGGCCUAGGGGAUUUAAAAGCCAUUAUUAACCUUAUUUAAUAAUCAUUUUUCAAUGUCAUGUAAUAUAAUCCAGUAUUUUUUUUUUCUUAUGUUGGAUGUAUAAUCGAGAGUAUUUGUAGCAUAUUGUCAAAUGGGAUCUAAUAAAAAUAAGUUUUACCUUAUAA